AGGGAGGCGAGGGACCAGAGACGAGAGAGGAAAGGACGCGGCGGGGACGAGAGUGAGGACCCGCAGAGCCCCUGUCUGGGGAGGCAGGAAGGGGCGGCCCGCCCCGCCAAGGGAGGCCCUGGGCGGGCGGAAACUACUUAUAUAUUUUGACUGAAGCUCAAAGUCUUGUUCGAUGACGACAUCUCUCACAAUGUUUUAUGGAUCUCCUUCUACCAUGUCCCCACCUAGCAAGAGCAAACUAAAGCGUCAAAGUCGCCUGCUCUCCCACAUGCUAUCCCGAACACUGAGCUACAAGGACAGAGGCUCUGAUUCUACUUUUCCCAGCUUGGGCGCCAGUGAUGACCCUGCAGAGCUUUCCACACAACUUUCUGCCCCAGGUGUCCUGAAGGUGUUUGGGGACAAUGUCUGUACAGGUGCCCACUACAAGAGUGUCCUGGCCACGGCUAGCUCUAGUGCUCAGGAGCUGGUAAAGGAGGCACUGGAGCGUUACACUUUGAAUGCGGCAUCAGCCAGCCAGUAUGUGCUAUGUGAUGUGGUGGGGCGAUUUGGGGACUUAGGACAACAAUGGCAGGCAGAAUGCCUUCGAGUGCUACGAGAUAAUGAGAAGCCCCUUUUGAUCCAGGACCUGUGGAAGCCCAGAGAAGGCUUCUCCCGGAGGUUUGAGUUGAGAAAGAGGUCAGAGGUGGAAGAAUUGGCUGCCAGGGAUGUGGAUACCAUCACUGCAGGGAUCAAUGCUCAGGCCAGAAAACUCCAGAAGAAUCGUGCAAAGGGUGCUGCAACACUGACAGCAGGAUGUAAACGGAACUCCACUCCUCCCACACUCCGGCGCACAGUUAGUGAGACCAGCUUGAGCCGUACCAGUACCCAAGAAGAGGAGCCAAAGGGCCCUUAUUCUGCCUUACUAGAGCCCAGCCAAAGCCGAGAGGACCCAGGCAAGGAGCUUCGGGAUCCGCUUUUGGAGAGAAAUAGCAGUAGCAAUAUGCGAUAUUCACUUUACCAAUCACCGCACCUUCUCCUUCUGCAGGGCUAUAGUCAGCAGCAUGAUAGUUUAGUGUAUGUGCUCAACCGUGAACAGCACACAGUAGGCCAGAGGACUCCCUCUAGCAAGCCCAGCAUCAACCUUUCGGCCCCAGACAUUCUGCCCCUCCACUGUACCAUCCGUCGGCUCCACCGCUCCAGCCAUUCAAGAUGCUCCCAAGCGGAAGAGAAGCUUAUUCUUGAGCCAAUACCUGGGGCUAGUAUAUCUAUCAACUUCUCAGCGGUGGGGAAAACUAUGGUACUCCACCAUGGAGACCUUCUCUCCUUGGGGCUUUACUACCUGCUGCUUUAUAAGGAUCCUGCGAGAGCCCAAGCCCUCCCUGCCCAGACCCUGGCACGGCUCAAAGCUGUCCCACGAACAUCAGACCCUGUCACCUGUAGAAUGUGUGGGACAGUGCUCAGAGGCAGAGCACCUUCCUCAUCCAAGAGGCAUGGAGCUCUGCCUAGUCAGACGACCCCUCGGCAAAGGCUUCACCUGGAGUUCGAGCCAGCGGUAGAGGAUGUGCUGGUGAAGAGGAUCAUGACAUUGAUUGAGCCAGGGGGUGAUGACCAUAAGCUGACACCUGCUUUCCUACUCUGCCUCUGCAUCCAACAUUCUGCCACCAACUUUGAGCCAGGCGAAUUUGGGCAGCUACUGCUUAAACUGGCCAAACUGAUACAGAGGACUGUCUGGGAAAAAACCAAAGAACUAGCCGAGAAACAGUCUCAGCACCAGGAUCCUAUCUCUCUUGCCCGUCUCACCAUUGCUGACCUACUGCCAGACCUCCAGCAUAUUCUUUUCUGGAUGUCUAACUCCAUUGAGCUCCUUUACUUUGUUCAGCAGAAAUCUCCACUCUACAUCCAGAGCAUGGAAGAGGAGCUGGAUGUCAAAGGUUCUAAGGAGUCACUGUUUUCUUCAACCAUCACAGCCAGUGAGGAAGCCAUGACAGUUUUAGAGGAAGUGAUCAUGUACACAUUCCAGCAGUGUGUAUAUUACAUCUCUAAGUCUCUUUAUGUCUCUCUGCCCAUUCUACUGGAGUGCGUCCCUUUCCAGAAUGAGAACCGGGAAAGUUGGUGCUCAGCCCCACAACUGCCUGAGGAGCUCCGACGUAUUGUGUCCAUCUAUCAGGCCACCUUCGACCUCCUUCAGCAGUAUGAGGUUCACCCAGAGAUUGCUUCCCAGAUGUUUGCCUACCUCUUUUUCUUCUCCAACACACUGCUCUUCAACCAGCUCUUGGACAGAGGACCUGCACUGAGCUGCUUCCACUGGCCAAAAGGAGUACAGGUUUGUGCUCGUUUACAGCAGCUCCUGGAAUGGGCACAGAGUUUGGGCUUGGGGCCGCUGGCAGAGCAGUUCUUCAAGAAGCUUUCCUGCACAGCCAGUCUCUUGGCUACACCUAGUGCCCAGCUGAUACAGAUGACCUGGUCAUCCCUGAGGACUCAGUUUCCAGAACUAGGCCCUGCCCAGCUCCAUCGGCUGUUGACUCAGUACCAGCUAGCCUCUGACAUUGGUUCUGUGACUGCAUGGGAGCCUCUAGAUGAAGACAGACUCAAAGCCUUCAGGACAGAGGAUGUCCUGGAGUCUUAUGAUAAUCACCCACCUAUUGUUCUGCCAAGUGGAGGGUUCAAGGUAGACUUGGAAGUGGAAUCCCUGGAUGAUAAUAUUUAUCGACACCUUCUUUAUAUCCGUCACUUCCUAUGGAGUCUACAGAGCAAGUCCUCCCAUGCUAGAGGUCCUGAACCAGAAAAUCUGAAGGGUUUGCAUCACACUAUUCCUGAAGGGAACUCAGAGAGUCGGAGUAGUCUAGUAACUUCCAGGGAUGCUGGGGACCAACUGGAUUCAAAGCAUUCAGUGGGCGCAGUGGGCAGGGCAGUUGGAGAGGCAGCCAAAACCCUAUCUGUCCCGGCCAGUGGAGUUUCUCGAGCUCAGUCCCCUGGUCGAACCCCUCUCCUGGAGAAGCUAAAGCCACAGAACAGCACCAGCAGGAACGGCCCUAAGACGAACACACCUCACGGGGAUUCUUCCUGUCUGUUGACCCCUCCCAACACACCACUCAACUUUGAAGGCAGAAGUCAGGAUUCUCCCCAGCCCAGUGGCAGCUGUGAAAAACCCCUACAUGAGCUGAAGAGGAAUGGCCUUAGUGCUCAGAGCACUGUACAGGAAGGAGAUUCUCCCACCCCCUUUGAUUAUCCUACCCCAGCUUCCUCCAGCCGCAGUUCAGCCACCGAUGACUUCUGUUAUGCCUUUGUGGUGGAGUUGGAGAAAGGACCCAUUGGGCUGGGGAUGGGCCUCAUAGAUGGGCUGCACACUCCUCUAAAUGCUCCUGGUAUCUACAUCCGGACUUUGAUCCAGGACAGCCCAGCAGCCUCUGAUGGUAGACUUUCCUUAGGAGAUCGCAUUCUUGCAGUGAAUGGUACCAGUUUGAUUGGCACAGAUUAUCAAAGUGCUGUGGACUUGAUCCGAUCUGGGGGAAAGAAGCUACGGUUUCUGGUUGCUAAGUCAGACAUAGAAAUAACUAAGAAAAUCAGCUCAAGCACCUCUCCUUCCUAAGGCUUUUGUUCAAGGACAGCUCUACAUAUCUGACUGUAUCAAGCCCUUGUCAAGCUCUGCUUGAUAAUUUUCCUAGAAGGUGGGAAUCCAGCAUGCUGCAAUGUUUGCUCGAUGUUACAUCCUGUAUUUCAUGUGAAAGAAAUUUAGUGUAAAACGACCAACAGGGUUUAUAAAGUGAGUGGGUGCUGCAGUACGUGUACAGCCUGCAAACUAAACAAUGGGGACAUCACAUGUGACUCAUCUCAAAAUGUUAGCAUGAUUAACUAUUACUCCCCCUGCCUCCCUCCAAAAUGUCUGGGCCAGGGGGGGUUUAGGUGUCCCUUAUUACAGUGUUUUACUGUUUGUUGUAUGUGAACUUUGUAUAGUACACAUGUGAAAAUACUAUACUGGAUAGUUUACUAGAUAAUCUUUUCCAUGUUCCCAAACUCAAAAAGCAUUAUUAUGCUACAGCUGGGGCCUGAGAAAAGGAAGACAAAUUCUUGGCCAGAGUGGUAUACACACCUGAUUUUUACAUACUGACAUUUUUACCAUCAGCCAAAGAUUUAUGAAAUAGCAGGCAUCCUACUAAAGGAACAACAGAAAGGUACCAGCCUCCUAAAUAUACAAGAGUCGCAUGGAAUGAGUUGAAAUUGUCUGCAGAGGACUAGCUACUAACCAUAUUAUUCAUUUUCUACAGAUAAAAAGAAGUUUGUGACUAAAUAUUAACUUGGUUCUUUUAUGCUAACAGUUCCUAACAAACAGAUUUCUUCUUGGAUCUCUGGUAACAAGCUGGAUGCCUAAGCUGGUUCUCUCACCAAGCCACAUGAGCCCUUGAACAUAUCUGGAAUAUUUUAGCUUAGAUGGUUUGGUAUCAGAAACCCCUCCCUGUGCAUUUUUCUGGACGGGCUGUCCCUUAGGUGUUACCCUAAGUGCCUUCUUGAGACAGUGGGUAGUGCCAAACUCAGCCUGACCCAAAACCAAGCAUUCCCCUUUCAGCAAUCUAGUCAUACAUCUUUGAGGGCUGACACUAGUCAUUUUCUUCAGAACUUUUUAGCCAAAGGUAACAGUCAAAACUAAUGGAGUGGGGUUUAGUGUCCAGAUGGCUUACAGACCAACCAUAACAAAGUAACUCUGUUUGGAUUGUGAAUGAAGCUGAUUGAAAUUAAAACCAUGGAGAAUGGUUCUUUGGGGCAAGAGAAACUGAUGAAGGGUUUUAC